AUGGACGUAAUUGUUGUGGGUUGUGGUGCGUCAGGGAUAGCUGCUUUGAGGAAACUACAUGAUAAUGGUUUGAGAGCCAUCGGUUUGGAAGCAGCUGAUAGAAUUGGCGGUAGAAUUCUAUCCAUCCCAUUUGGAAAUAAAUAUUUAGAUUUGGGUGCUGCCUGGUGUCAUGGCGAAAAGGAUAAUAAAGUUUUCGAAAUGGCAAAUAAGUUGGACCUCCUUGGUAGGUCGCAGCCGGAUAACAAAUGGUUUUUAUUAUCUAACGGGGACCCUGUACCUGAUGAAAACAGUGUAGGAAUUCUUCAAGCACUGAAUGACGAACUAUCGAAGGCCAAUAAAAGUAAUACACUAUCGAUAUCCGAAUGCAUCCGAAAAGCGGCGAAAACGAACUCAGUACUGAAAAAAGACCCAAGCUUGACGCAGAGUUUCGUAGAAUGGUUUGAAAGAGACAAACAAGUAGGUGGUCAGGUUGACCCUAAAAAAGGGAAAUCCUUAAAGGGUCUAGAUGAAAUGCGAGUAUGCGAAGGCGACUUCAUGCUUCAUUGGAAAGGAAGAGGAUUCAAAACUAUCCUCGAUAUUUUGCUGAAUAAAUAUCCGGAUGCAUCCAAAGAACUACCGAUACAAAUCCAUCUGAACAAAGAAGUCGAAAUUAUAAAAUGGAAGACAAACAAACCGGAAAUUGAUUCUGGCAAACCUUUGGUGCAAAUCAAAUGCAAAGAUGGCAGCUUGUACGCCGCUAAAAGUGUCAUUGUCACUUUAUCGGUUGGCGUUUUGAAAGAGCGACACGACAUAUUAUUUAAUCCGCCAUUACCUAAAGAGAAAAUCAACGCGAUAAACAAUCUACAGUUAUGUGUUUUGGACAAAAUAUACAUCGAAUUUGAAAACGCUUGGUGGCCGAAAUCACCGGCUAGCUUCACUAUUCUGUGGACAGAUAAAGAUAAAUCUAAAUUCUCAAGUAACGAAAAAUGGGUGACGGAAAUAUUCAGUUUCAUUUCUAUCGACAAUUAUCCGAAUAUGUUAUUGGCUUGGAUAUACGGUGAAGGUGCGAUGCAAAUGGAGAAAGUUAGCGAGGAAGAUUUUAAAAACGGCGUGAAGAAACUGUUGAAAGUAUUGUUCGGUAAACAAUUCAAAAUGAGCCCCGUGAAGUCAAUUAUGAGAUCUCAAUGGGCAUCAAAUCCGUUAGUUCGUGGUUCCUAUUCAUACAGGAGCGUUGCUAGCGAGGAAAAUGGUGGUAACGCUAUAAUUCUCAGUGAACCAUUGUAUCAUGGUGAUAAUUUCCCUGUCGUAUGUUUCGCUGGUGAAGCUACUUCCCAUUACCAACACGCUUCAGCCCACGGCGCUAUAGAAGCAGGAUUUAGAGAAGCUAUGAGAUUGGUUGAUAAGAUUAAGAAAUAA